UCUUCUCUAAAAUAAUGAAGAACAAAGCCUCUAGUUUGUUGAAGAAAAUCACUUCCGUUUUAAGUGCAAUAGCAAAAGCCAAGUCCAUGGCCAUCAACACCAAAUUCAGCGCCACCAAAGCUCGUCUUCUCAUGCUGUCCAUGGUCAAGUCCAAGAAAAUUCUCCUGGACUCCCUCUCUCACAAGAUUCACACCAUUCUUGGGCAGAACGACAACGACCAUGACGACGACAAUGAUGACCAUAGCAAGGCCAUCGUUCUCUACGAUGCUGCCACUGCACAUGCUAGCCAGUAUCAGCCGAGUGGGAGCGUGCCGAUGGCAGCCGAGGUUGAGAAAGAGGAUGAUAAGUAUCCAGACCUAACACAUUCGUUAUUCGAUGAAGAGGACGAUUACGAUAUUGAUGACGCUAAGCUGCAGGCUGCAGGCGGCUCGAUUAUCGAUAUGAUGAGGAACUCCAAGGAAGAAGGAGAGGAGUUCAAGCUUGAGGAAGAGAUUGAUCAAGCGGCAGACUUAUUUAUAAAGAGGUUCCGGAAGCAGAUACGCAUGCAAAAGCUUGAAUCUUUCAAGAGGCUUCAAGAGAUGCUGGCUAGAGGGACUUGAUAUAUCAUUUCAUUAUAUUAAUUCAUAUUUAUAUUUUGAAGUUAUCUCAUAAUUAUAGCUAUUUCUUUCUUGUUUUUGUGUUGGGAAAAUGAAAGCUAGCGAUAAAAAAUUAUAUUGCAUAAACAAUAAUCAAAAUCUCAAUGUUUGUUUGUUGAAUAAAGAGAAGAAAAUGAGAAA